AUGGAUCAAGAAAACCCGGAAAAGGAGCCUAAGUGCUAUGAAGUUGUUCAUUCUGAUUGUUUGGAUCCCAAGGAUCCUAUAUGCCUGAAGGAUAUACAGGAGGUCCAGGAAAUCAUUGAAGGGGUUGGAGACAAGGAUGUGGAUUUCACUACCAACAAGAUGGUCCUAGAUGAUAUAGAACAUAUGAUGGGAAUGGAGGACAUGUCUACCCAAGCAAAUGGUUUUGAUAAGGAGCAGGAGCUAAUGAAUGAGUUUGAGCAGGUUAUGAAAGGAACUGAGGAUCUUAUUUGUGAUAGUGAAUUCAUCCCCUUGAACUUGGGAUUAGAUAACACACAGUGUGAUGGUGGUGAAGUUGGGUUGAUGGAUUACCAAGCAGAAAUGGAAGAAGGAGAACUCUCUGGAGACUUGGGAAUAGAUGGCAAUUCAUUUGAUGUGGCUUCUGCAAAUGCUUUAAUAUUACAACAGAUGGAAGUAGACGAGGUUCAGGAGCCAGAAAAUGUAACUGGAAACAUGAUAUAUCCUUCUAAGAUUGAGAUUCAAGAAAAGUGGCAAGAAGGGAUUGUAUGCGGAGUUGAAGUAGCAAUUUCUGAAGAAACUAUUGAAUGUCAGAAGGAAGAUAAAACAAAGUUGGAUAAUGCCAGUAAAAAGAAUAAGUGUGGUGGGAACAAAGGAAAAAAGAAGAAAGCAAAUAGAAAGAAGAGAGCAGAAAAGAACAAACAACUCGGUGUCAAGAGAUUGCAGUUAAAGCAUGUACAGAGACCAAAAGUUGUCUCACAUUGUCGCCAUUAUCUCAACGGAAGGUGCCAUGAGGGUGACAAGUGUCAGUUUUCACAUGAUGUAGUGCCUCUAACAAAAUCCAAGCCAUGUACUCACUUUGCUCGUCAGUCUUGCAUGAAAGGGGAUGAUUGCCCAUUUGAUCACCAGCUUUCAAAAUAUCCUUGUACCAAUUUUGUGUCCAAAGGCCCUUGUUAUAGAGGUGAUGCUUGCUUGUUUUCGCACCAGGUAUCAACCAAAGAAGAUAUCCCUACACCUUCAAAUAUGUGCAGACCAGAGUUGUCUCCACUUCUGUCUGGAAAUGCAAAUUCCAGCGCACCACUUAACAACAAUCAUGGCUCUAGUUCUGUCAAGCAGAACCACUUAACGAAUUCUGCAGGAAUUCAUUCUUGCACCAGUGUUGAACAUAAGGUGACAAACACUGUACUUAAACAGCCUACACCACCUAAAGGAAUUAGUUUCAUCAAUCUUGCAAAAUUAUCACCCAGCCUUAGUUCACUGAAACAAGGCACAGUAACAACCAAGGAAAGUCCUGUACAAAUUGGGACCCGUGAAGAUCAAAGUGUGUUUCACAAAACUCAAAACAAGGUGGAUAUUCCUAAGAAAUUGCCAACUGUGACACCUAAGGGAAUAAACUUUCUUUCUUUUGGCAAAGGCUCUGUCUGCAGUUUUAAAAGUGUGAAUAGGGACAAUGGUAUCAAAUUGCCUCAGUUAUUCAAUUUUGGUCUACCCGAGCAGGCAAAAUCCUCUCUAAAUAAAGAUGAUUACAACAAAGCUAGUGACAGAACAAAACAAAAUGCACCGCAGACUGAUAUAUUCUUAACUGAGAUUUUAGGAAAAAAUCAAUCUGUUGCAGAAGAAAUGAAAUCAAAGCUUCCAGAGAAAACCUCCGUAGAUGUUUUUAUGAGGGAUUACAGCCAUAGUAAAUCAGUUCAAGAGGGGAUAAAGUCAUCUGAUAAUUCUCAAAGUUCAAAGGGACAAAAGGCAUUCUUAUCAACUCUAGCAUUUGCAGCUGAACAUGAAUCUGACAUUAAGAUGAAAUACCCUAUUGGUGGUUUGCCGAUAUGAUCAGAGGACAAAGUUUUGUUGAAGUUUCAAAACAAGGCACUUCCCAAUUUGGUAGAUGAUAACCAGACGGUUGUUUAGUUAUGUGUUGUGCUGAAAUCUUUUAGCAAUUUUACUCUGGAACCGUUAUUUUUUUAUUGGAAGUUGGAACAUGAUUAAAUGUAUAUAAUAGCACUCAUUUACAGUUCAUGAAAUAUCAUAGGUAAAGUGUAUAUAAUAGCACUCAUUUAUACUCA